CUGAAGAUAUCAAGACGUCUUCAAAGAAUCUACUCCUAUGUUUUAUUAGUCGACAAAAAUUAUGAAUAUUGCGGGCAUUUUCAUUGUCUUCAUUGCUGUGCUUGCUGUACCUGGAUGUCAGGGACUCACUGCGACAGAAUUAGGAAAGAAUUGUGUUCACCAAUACAYAAUGAGUCUACCUACUAACGGCACGGAUAGCCAAGGACCUUGUCCAAGAUUACAGAUGCUUGUAGAUUGUCUGUCAAAACAUGCCGAAUUAAAAGGCAAAAUAAUCGAUGCCAUGCGCUAUGCCUACACCCAAUCCGCUAUUUUUUUCAAAAGAUUGAGCUACUGCCCCAACAUUGAUUACAAAAAGCUUAAGAAGAUCACAGAUAAAACAGAUCAUGCAAAAAAAUACGGAUAUAUGGAUCAAACAGUUAUCAAACCAGCAGAUUACUGUGCUCUUCUAGCGUUUGGAAACUGUCAUAAGACAUAUCUUGAUGUAUUUAAAUCGACAAGUAAGCUUUGUAAAGGAUGGGAUGAGCACAUCACCUGUAUGAACAAGUUGACCACCACUUGCAAUGCACAAAUCCUUAAAGAAAUGAUAAAGACGCUGGAGCGUACUGGACAUUUGAUUGUACAGCAGCUCCGAGAUGACGCCAACAUAAAGUGCAAGCCGACGCAAUAAAAGCUAAAAUCAUGAAUUGGAAACUUGGAA